UCAUUCAACGAAGAGACCAUUAGAAUUUAGAGAGAUGAACAGAGAUAAAUGUCAAAGGAGGAAGAAAAGUGAUGAUGAAGAAGGAGAUGCAAUCAGCAGACUACCAGAGGAUCUACUUCUUCACAUCUUGUCUCUCCUUCCGACAAGAGAGGCAGCUUUGACAUCUGUUCUGUCCAAGAGAUGGCGAGAUUUGUUUACACUGCUGCAACCAGAUAGUUAUGAUUUUGAUGACUCCGUCUUUAUGCCUUGUCUAAGUCCCGAAGAAUGCCCAAGGACUAGUUUCAGAGAGUUUGUAAACAGAGUUCUUUCUCGUCAACCCAAUUCCCCCAUUACCAAAUUCUCUCUCACAUGCCAUCAGGGUGUUGACAAAGAUCUUGUUGCGGAUUGGACACGCAUAGCUCUGACACGUGGAGCAACAGAUCUUACUUUAAUAGUGCUCUUCCCUGCUUCACGAAUAUAUUCACUGCCUUCUAGUAUCUUCUUCUAUAGCCGUAACUUGAUUAAGCUAAAACUAGGAUGUGGGAGACUUGGUAUCAUCCACCACAAUCUAUUUUGGGGAGACUUUAUCUUUACCAAUCUUAGAACUCUGCAUCUUGAUUCUAUUGACCUUGGUCGAAGCUGUGAGAGUUUUGCUCACCUUAUAUCCAGAUGCCCUAUGCUUGAGGAGUUGAUCGUGAAUUGUAUAAGAUGGCACCACUGGAACUCUGCAUCAGUGUGUUCCCUUACCCUCAAGACACUAACUAUUGAUUGUGAACAUUACCUACCAUCCAUGAAUAGUUUUGUAUUCAAGAAACGUCGAGGGAAGCUGGCAUCCGGUAACGACGUGUUUGUUGACCCUCCGGAUGCACGCUCUGAAUUCGGCAGUCGGAGCCCUCACGAUAUUUCCUUUGAUACUCCAAACCUCCUCUACUUAAACUACUCAGAUUUUGUUGCCCGCAACUAUCCGCUUGUCAAAUUGGAUUCCCUUGUCGAAGCUAGGCUAGAUGUUGGAUCGAAUAGAAGGCAGAUGCAUGCACGAGAUUCGGUCGAACUUAGAGUUCGUUGGGAUGCCACCAAUCUUAUCAUGGGGAUACAAAAUGUUCAAACCCUUCACUUAACUUCUGCUACAAUUGAGGCGAUUGAAGACUUCUGUAAGACCGUACCUGUAUUCAACAACCUUAAUCAUCUAUCAAUUGAAAGUGACGAUGAACGAGGAUGGCAAGCCUUGCCUCUCUUGCUCAUCAACUGCCCCAGUCUACAUACUCUCGUCUUCCAUGGUCUCCACCACCGUGUUUCUGAUGGUUGUGGCGAUGCUUGUGACUGCAUUCCUCCUCCUCCUUCUUCUUCUUCUUGUUUAUCAUCGUGUCCUGUGAAGAUCCUGAAGAUAUUGGACUUUGGUGCAACCUGUGGAGAGAUGUCAUUAGUCGAGCAUUUCCUCAAGAAGUUGCCACGGCUUGAACAAGUGAUCAUCGUACUACUACAUUGUGAUUCCUUCAUAGAGGAGGGAUGUGAUCGUUUUGAAGUCUCCAAGGCACUGGAGAUGGCCCCGAGAGCUUCACCAAACUGCAAGCUCAAGGUUGUUAAUAAUUAGUUCCGAUCAAUCUCUCGGUAGCCAAUAUAAUACAUACGUUGUUGUUUCUUUAAAUCCAUU